GGCCCUUUCAUCACAGAGCUCUUACUUCUUUCUUAUUUACCUGUAAUCGUAGUUCUGUUUCCAACCAAGUGCAAUGGCAACCAUGAAAAAACUGCCACCCACUUGUGGAGAUAUGAUAACCAUUCUUAGCAUUGACGGAGGAGGAGUCCGAGGGAUAAUCCCUGCAACUGUCCUUGAAUUUCUAGAGGCAGAGCUUCAGAAACUGGAUGGCCCAGAAGUCAGAUUAGCAGAUUAUUUCGAUGUCGUGGCGGGGACAAGCACAGGAGGACUUGUUACUGCAAUGAUAACUGCUCCAAACAAGGAAAACAGACCAUUGUUUGCGGCCAAGGAAAUUACCCAGUUCUAUUGGGAUCACUGCCCAAAAAUUUUCCCAGCCAAAAGCGGCCUUUUCGGAUCCUUGAAAUCAAUUUACACGGCUGCGACAGGCCCCAAAUAUAGUGGGAAUUACCUGCACAAUCUUGUGAAAAAAUUAGUGGGUGACAUUCGAUUGCAGCAAGUACUAACUGAUGUGGUGAUCCCAACCUUCGAUACCAAGAUAGAGCAGCCCACAAUUUUCUCUACUUUUGAGGCCAGACAUGAUAUCUCAAAAGAUGCAUAUUUAUCAGAUUUAUGCAUUAGUACUUCGGCUGCUCCAACAUAUCUUCCUGCCCACUAUUUUGAAACAAAAUAUCCUUCCGGCAAAACUAGAGAAUUCCACCUGAUAGAUGGAGGAGUGGCUGCUAAUAAUCCAACUUUACUUGCCAUCAACGAAGUGACAAAAGAAUCACUCAGGAAGGAGAAAGAUUGGGUAUCUCUAAGGAAGGCAAAGGACAAGAGAAAGAUGUUGGUGCUGUCUCUUGGAACUGGGUACCAAACUGCAUCGUACAAAGCCAGAGAUGUUGCAAAGUGGGGACUCUUGGGAUGGCUCCGUCAGAAAAAUGCGGUCCCCAUAGUGGACACUUUUAUGCAAUCAAGUUCCGAUAUGGUGGACAUUUAUGCUUCCUUAGUCUUUCAAUCCGCUGAAUCUAAAACGAACUAUCUCAGAAUUCAGGAAAACGAAUUGACGGGAGAUGCAGCCUCUGUUGAUAUCUCUACUCCGGAAAAUCUUAAGGAACUUAUAAAGAUAGGAAAAAAGCUGCUUGACGAGCCUGUUUCCAGGGUCGAUUUAGAGACGGGAUUGUUUGAGAAUGUUAAUGGUGAGGGUACCAACAGCGAUGCCUUGAUCAGGUUUGCAAAGGAUCUCUCGGACGAAAGAAAGUUGCGAAUCAAGAGACUGUCUGGUGAUACAGCUCAGUAAUCAAAUAUUUGGUGUGUAGUUUGUCGUAUAGUUUGUGGAAACAAGGCAAUAAAGGACUGUAGCACUUUUUAUUUUCUUGGUCCUGCUGUUGCAGGGAAUCUACAUGGUAGAUGGUUUAACUCGGAACUGAAGUAACUUAGUCAAUGACGUGAAAGUAUUUUCUUCCGUUUGGAUUUUGAUAUAUUUUAAUACUUUCAAUAAAAGGAAUGCAAUGCAAGUUAUACGAUGUUGAGGAAGUUUGGAUGUUUCUAUGAACAUCAUAUAGAUUCAAUGAGUGUUAAGUGGGUCAAAUCAGAUGAGUUUAUGUAAACCACUAUUAAUGAAAUAUGAUC